AUGUUUAGAUUUUUAAGUGGAAGAAAACCUAGAAAUGCAACAGCAAAUAGUACAAACGCAAAAUCGAAUAAAAGUGUGAUAAACAAGAAUUUGUUACAAUGUAGAGUAAUUUUAUUAGAUGGAACCGACUUUUGAAAUUUGUAAAAAGGCUAAAGCUAGAGAUCUGUAUGAACAGGUCUUUUAUUCUUUAGACCUUAUAGAAAAAGAUUAUUUUGGACUGCAAUUCACUGACGCGAAUCAUGUUAAGCAUUGGCUGGAUCCAACGAAAACGAUUAAAAAACAAAUUAAAAUUGGUCCUCCAUAUACCCUACGACUCAAGGUAAAGUUCUACUCCUCGGAACCCAAUAAUUUACGGGAAGAAUUGACGAGGUACCAGUUUUUCCUUCAAUUGAAACAGGAUAUUCUUGAAGGAAGAUUGGAAUGUCCUUACGAAAUUGCUGUCAAAUUGUCUGCCUUAGCUUUACAGUCUGAACUUGGUGAUUAUGACGACACGCAACAUACCCCUGCCACCGUUUCGGAAUUUAGAUUCGUCCCCAAUCAGACGGAAGAUAUGGAAAUUGACGUAUUGGAAGAGUACAAAAAAUGUAAGGGGUUGACGCCUGCUAACGCCGAGCAAAGUUAUUUGAAUGAAGUGAAAUGGUUGGAAAUGUAUGGAGUUGAUAUGCAUACUGUCUUGGGUAAAGACAGUAUGGAAUAUAGGUUAGGUUUGACUCCUACGGGCAUACUGGUAUUCGAAGAACCAAACCAGAAAAUCGGCCUGUUCUUUUGGCCCAAAAUCGGCAAACUGAACUUCAAGAAAAAGAAACUGACAUUAAUUGUAGUAGAAGAUGACGAUCAAGGAAGAGAACAAGAACAUACUUUCGUUUUUAGGUUGCACAAUGAAAAAGCAUGUAAACAUUUAUGGAAAUGCGCCGUGGAACAUCAUGGGUUCUUCAGACUUCGCGCUCCCGUAAAAGGACCGUCAGCUAGACAGAAUUUUUUCCGAAUGGGCUCUAGAUUCCGCUAUUCUGGCCGGACAGAAUAUCAGAGCACUUAUCAAAAUAGAGCUAGGCGGACGGUUCAACUGGAAAGGAAGCCCAGUCAAAGAUACGGAAAGAGACAAAGCCACGUGCUGCGAGAAAGAGAACGAGAAAAAGAGCGCGAACACGUGUCUUCUAACAGUAGCGAUAAAUCUACGACGACUCCUACAGAGCCCAUUUACUACACGGUCAAAGAUGACAUUACUAAGAGCUUGACGCCGACACCAUCGACUCCUACUCCGACAGGACCUGAAUCUAUAGGACUAAUGAGCCAUAGCAGUUUUGGUAAAGCGUCUGUCGGACAAAGCAGUUUCGGUAAGUCUUCAGUUGGCCAAAACAGUUUUGGAAAAGCUUCUGUCAGCUCAUUCGGAAGGGUCUCCGCUAGUGGUGGUUCGGCCAACAGUCCCGUACUUUCCGUUAGCAGUAAGAACGGUACUCUUCCUAGGAAUAAACCAAUCACACCGACAAGUCCGAUACCUCCGGUGAGUCCAACUCCGUCGAAUACCGACAGCCAAUUGGACUUUUUGUUCAAAAGUUUGGCGAAAGAAUCUCUUUCCGGUAUUUCUCGAGGCGACAAAAGAAACGAAAAUACAGAAUCUGAAACCGAAAACGAUGGCAUCUCCAAACCGCUUCCAAACGAAAUUCCUAACAAUAUCACGAAAAUCGUUGGAAUGGCGAAGCCUUUACCGCCAGGGCAAAUUAAAUGUAACAUUUUGAAGGCUAAAGCGGAAGAGGAAUUGCAAAAUCAGAAGCUCACGAAUCAAAUGUUCGUGCAAGCUAAGGAGGAAGAAACAUCUCUAAAUGCGGCGACCUUUAUUUCAGUGGGCGGGGAUAAAUUGACUUUAUCCGUAAGCGGUCCACCCAGUUUGCCGCCGAUAAUCACCAACUCCAUACUCAAAUCUCCGAAAAUACUCGAGAAAGAACCGACGUCUCUGGACGAAAAUAGAAACAAGAGCGGUAGCGAAGAUAAGGAUCCCAAACGAUGUCCCACGCCCGUAACUGUCACGUUCUUCGGACAAAACGAUGGUAAAUUAGAGAUCUGUAAAGUAGAAGAUGAAAAUAAGAUCAGUUUGAACCCGUUUGCGGAUUAUUUGAACGAGAGUAAUGGGAAUCAGUUUAAUUCUUUGAGCGUUUUCCAUCCUAAUAACCCAUUUUGUAAUUCUGAAACUGACAGUAAGGAUGACACGCCCGAGAGUGAUUCUAAGGAGUCCGAUGAAGAGAACAGAACCAGUCUGGACGAACCGCUGUCCAAACGUUCGACUCCGCUCAGCCCGACGCUCAGCAAAGUGUCCCCUUGGCUGGUAUCGUCGGACGUUGUCUCAUCGCCCGUUUCCAAGGUUGACACGACCGAAACAACGAUUAUAAGGAAAUCUGUGAUCACGACGCAGCUAUGAUUCAUAGUACAUAUCGAUAUUUAAUUUUAUUUUUUACGUUUUUUAAAACACCCUCCCCGCAUAUUAUUAUCUCUUAUCAUCCGUAUUGAUAGUGAAUAGACUGUCAUACGCUUUGUUGCGGUCGAUAAAUGCUGGAAGUUUAUCUCAUAGGAUUUUCUAAAACUUACUCCUGUCACAGUUUCUGAUGUUCUUGAGUCAAAAAUGUUGCUUCCGACAUAUACCUAUUCUUUCAUCGAUUUCACCAACCAGUAUACUUUUAGUAGACGUUUAUCACCUCUAAGCAUACGAAGUAUGGUCGAAAAGUAAGCUAGACCGUGUCAGAAGCGUUUCUGUUACUCCUCGUUGUAGUGUUGGAAGGUUUCAUGCUGAAUAUCUGUUUAAAUAUUGUUUCCAUUGAAACUUGGGUUAAAGAAAAAGUUGUAAGAUGGUGGAUCAGAAGAGUAUAACAGAUGAAGUACAGCAGUUUUUGUGUUACCGUGAGUACUACUGAGUACUGUACAAAAAUUUAACUAGUUGCUAGGCAUUCUAUUAAUUGUCUGUUAUAUAUCGUAGAUAUUUCUUGAAGAGAAGAGUUUGGGUCCACCUUAAACAGCCUCGUAUUCUUACAUCACACUCCACUUUACAUUAUUUUAUUAAACCUUUCCUUGAUUAUGUUUGGAAGUUCUUUUUACUCUUCUUAACGUUCCCAUUCUGCUCCAUAUAGCAAUAUUGGCCAUAUGUUGUAGCAUUUGAUCACUAGUAAACGUACUUUUAUUGGAAAACAUACACAUACUCGCAAUAAUCAGAAUUCCUUCUUUGGAAUAAGAAAGAAUAUUCUGAUUGAUAGUUUUGUUCUCUAAAUAGUUGAAGUACUAUCCUAGGCUCCAAACGAACAUUCUUAAAUGUAUUUUCCGCUCCACUUGGGGAUUCAGGCUUCAGCUUCGAUAAUUAGGCCUGAGUCCUGUCUCCUCUCCUCUGAAGUUCUAGCACGGCGGUAUUUUGAUGCCCUACUUCUUUCCAUUCAUUUAACUUCAUAGUCUAUUAAUGUUGUUCUACAAACUUUCUUACUAGUCGUUCAACAUAUUUUAUCUUUUCUGUGGUAUCCAUAUUCUUCACAUUCUGAAAGGAAAUUUAUGUCCAGCAUUUUCUCUUCUUCCUUCCUGGCAUGUUUGAAUCUUGACACAUGGUAGCUGCCAAUGCGAGUAGCCCUUUAUUUGUUGCUUUCUGCAGUUUAAUCCAUAUAUUGAUGUGCAUAUAUUAGUUUUCCAGUUCUCUAUUGGCCUUCAGUAUAAUGCUGAAUCCGAAUAACUAAGGAGUAAAUGUUAUUAAACAAAUUACUACUUGGUCUUUUACCCAAUCAGGAAAAACAUUUCUUCCUUUUUUGUCCAAUUUAUUAUAUUAUCUUAUAUUCUUCAUAGUUUUUCCUCACACUGCAUUAUAUUAUACUUCGGUAUUAUUUUAUGCUUCUCAUAUUCUUUACAGUUUUGCCCCAUAUUAUUAUACUAUGCGUUUUAUAUUCUUCGUAGUUUUUUAUGCUACUCAUAUUCUUUAUAGUUUUUCUCCACAUAGUUUUGAAUUGUUUAUAAAUAUUCUUCACAGUUUUUUCAUACACGACGUUCUAUUAUAUUUCUCAUAUACUUCAUAGUUUCCCCCAAAUAUAUUAUGAUUUUUAUAUGAUUCAUAGUUUUCCCACAUCCCAUUAUACAAUGUGUCUCAUAAAGUUGGAGCCAUAUGGGAAUUUUAAUUAUUAAUACGAUUGGAAAAAACCGUUGUAGGGUAAUCACCUUUACUUAUUUAAAAACUUAAAACAGCUUGCGUCAAAGUUGGCUACUGCCAUUGGUUUUCUGUCAAAUUUGGUUUUUCAAAAAAAUGGCGUAUUUUACAGAUGACCAAUGUAGUACUUAGCCAACAUUAAUGAGGGCUAUUUUAAGUUUUUUUAAAAAAGCAGAGAUAAUUGUACUAUGACAUUUUUUCCAAUUGUAAUAAUUAAAUAUUGAUCCAACUUUACGGAACACACUGUAUUAUGCUUCUCAUAUUUUUGAUAGUUAUUCCUCACACAGCACUAUACUAUGUUUCUCAUAUUCUUCAUAAUUUUUUUCUAAUAUAAUAUUAUGCUUGUUAUAUUCUUCAUGUUUCCCUACUUAAAUUCUUUAUAGUUUUUUCCCACACAUCAUUAUAUUGUCCUUAUAUUUUUCAUAGUUUUUUCCCCACACAGCAUUAUAUUAUACUUAUAUUCUUCAUAGUUUUCCCCUACACAGCAUUAUAUCAUAAUGGUCAAAUUAUACUAUAAAAACGAAAUAUUGAUGUACGAAAUAAUUUGUGCCACCAUUUUUUAAUUAUCUAAACUCUUUCCGAACUUAAACGGCUGACUUUAUAUUGAAUCUUCAUUCCUUUAUACAUUAUCCAGAAUGUUGAACUAUCUUUGAUUAAUUUGGAAUAAAAUUCCCAGUUACUUGAUGUUACUGUAUACAUAUCAUGUUCAUUUAUGUUGCCCUAUGUAAAAUUUGUAUUAAUUUUAUAAUAAUAUGCGGGGUUUUGUGUUUUAUAAAACGAUGAAAAAACUCUUGGACUCCUCUAAAUUACUUAAUUACUUGAUAGUCAGUAUUGGCAGCUUUUGUAGUUAUUUCAAGAGUUUUUUUAGUGAUCCGAUGAUAAGGUACUUAAGGUAUUAUCCAGACGGCCAUAAAUAAUAGUUGGUCUCCCAAUUUUGAUUCCUAAAUCAUAGAAAGCAUUAUUUUAAACUUGCGAUUGUAUCAGAUUGGGUAAAACUAAAUUUUUUGAGGUUAUUUCCUUAUUGCGACUUUAUGUUUCUACUAGAUCUUUCAUUCCAUUUAAAAAUUGUUUUAAAUAGCUGUUUUUUCGCAGUCUGAUACAAACCACAUUUUUACAGUGAGAUAUGCUGUAGUAUUUCAUUAUUUUUAGAUGCUUUUAUUUUAAUUUGUUAAGGUUUUUAUUUUCUUUGGAUAAAUUUUAUUUAUUGUGAUUAGAAGAAUUAUUCGAUUUUAUGUCUGUAUUCUCAUUUUAUUAUUCAGUCCUUUUUUUUUUUUUUCUUUUAGACAGUUAUUAAUGAAUUAUUAUGUAUUAGCGAUGCCUUUUUACAGCAAUAGCGAUAUUGUAGAUAUUUGCCAUUUUAUACCUAUAAAUGUCGAGAUAUUUGUCGGGUACAGGUACAAAUUAUUAUUGUUAUAGAAAAAAGAACCAGUAUUUUUGUACUUAAAUUUUUAAAAAGUUUUCUUUGACGAUGGUACUUAAUAAUUUUAAAGUUUGAGAAUAUAAUGAAAAGAUGGGCCGCCAAAUUUGUAGAGUUCUGAUCGUGAAUAAAAAAAAAAAACAGUUACAACGGUGUAUAGGUAAAUUGUAUCAAAAAUAAGCUGCACAGGAACUUAUGCGAUUCUCAUAUUCUUCAUAGUUUUUCCCUACAGCACUAUAUUGUAAUGCAAUGUUAGAGGUCGAGUUGUUACCUACUAUAAAAACGAGAUAUUGAUCUAUCUCUUUCCCAACUUAAAUGGCUGUGGUUAUAUUGAAUCUUCAUGUUACCCUUCUUUCUAAUUUAUAAAUCCCAAAUAAUUGACUGUCUUAUUUAUUGAUUGUUCCUAUUUUCUCUACGAGCACCAUGUGUGGUGACUGCAUUCAUUUGAAGGGUUACACCAUUUCAUAUGGAAUUUUUUAAUUUUUUUUUUUUGGUUUCCUAUUUUUGUCUCUAUUGAAUACCCAAAUAGUUGAGUUUUUCUGUGUAUUUUAUUGUUCUAAUUUUCUCCAUACCUUUUUUUUUGUAAAAAAAAAAGACUGGGAAUAAUGGUACAUACUAAACGUGAGGUGAAGAUAAAGAGACGAGUAAAGACCGUUUGAAAUUCAUCGUACGGAAACACUAAUUUUUUCUUCCAAGAAACAAUUGAUAAUUUACUAUAAUAUACUAUUUGUGUUCAAAUUAACUACCACUUAAGUGUUAAUUUUAUUAUUAAGUGAUAUCGAAAUAAGUAUCUUGAAACGGUCUUUACAUCAGGGUCUAAAAUGAAAUUCAAUAACAUCGGAUGAAUACUUUCAGUUUUACAAUAAAAUCAAUAAAUUAAGGGUAGGAAAGAAAAAAUCCUUUAUAUUUCAAAAUUGUGAGAUAUAAAUGACUUUUUCUUUCCUACCCUUCAUUUAAUAAACCAACUCACACACAUGGCUACUCCAAGUUUGAAUAAAAUCAAUAACUUACUUUAAUUUAUCAAUCGGUCCGCAUAUUUUCGGCUGUGUCCUUUAAACCUUCUGUUUGGGAGUUAAUUUUCUCCAUACUUUCUUGGGAUGCGUUCUCCAUACUUUCGUCGCCCUCUUUUGGCAUUACUUCCUGCGGAUGAGUGUGUUUUCAUCAUCGGACUUGUGUGUUUUCUCCAUGCUUUUUGGGUCGUUAUCAUGUUUUUUUUGCCACGUUACUUUUCUUCAAACUUUUUUUGAUAUUUUUUUCCGAGGGGCCAACAAUAUUGGGAUUUUUGAUGUUCGCUUGGUUGGUAGUUAGUAGUCGGUUGACUAUAUCCUAGAAGAGUUCUAGGUAAACUGGGCCUCUCUCUAUCUAACAUCUUUAUUUACAAUUAAAAAAUUUGUAUCUAUAUAUUCACACAAUAAUUAAAGCAAAUCCACACUUGGCAUGUAGCUUCGUGCGGAUCCGGGGACUAUGGCAGACAUAUCUGCCUGUUAGAACUAUUGUGGGUUUAAGUGUUGAGUUGUUAACUGUUCUUACCGUUUCGGUAUAAUUAGGGAAAUUUAAUUGUUUUAAAUCGAUAAUUGAGAAGAAUUUCUAAUUUUGUCAUGUCUAAAGCCUUGGUUUCUUUGAACACUCCGUCGCGGUGAGCGGGCAGUCCGUGGACCGUCGCGUUUAGACUAUUUUAUCUAACCAGAGUAUUUAAAUGGGAACGGUUUUCUUGAAUCCGCUUAGCUGAGCAGGACGGCGUCAUGCCGCUGAUUUGUCGCGACUAGUCGGUUCAUAUCUGUUGAGUUUGAUAUCAGCGGAAUCGUCGCCGUGUGUGGAAACAGUUUGUGAGUACAAAUCAUUAUAUUGUUAUUAUUUUUAAAACAAUGAGUGACAAAUUCACACAUAUGACUUUAUUUGUAGGUUUCUUGGAAAUGUCCUUUAAAAAACUCAACGCGAAUUCAAAAAGAUCUGUAGGAAGUCUAAAAUACUUCCUAAAUUUCCAAUUUCCAAAAAGCCUCCGCUGCACAGUGAUAUUAAAGGCACCUUCUGUAUCGCGACACAAAAACAACUUAUCCACUGGCCUAUUGGAAUUUUUGACGGUUGCAAUUGCCAGUUCCUCUCUUAUUCUUCGUCUUCCAACAAUAAUGACAACGCAAACAAUUUAUUUGCGUUCAUUUUGGUACAUUUCGUUUACACUCAUAAUACAUAAACAGAACAUUCAGACAUAGAGAAGGUCUCAUUUUCUAUAUUUAACAAACCACCUCGGGCGAAAAUCGCUGUCCUCUGCGAUCGACGGACUGUCCGCUCACCGCGACAGAGUGUUCAGAGAAACCAAAGCUUUAGUUGUGGUUAUUGUCCCCUGGAAAAAGUUAGUAAAAAACAGGGUUGUCCUUGUGUGUACGUUGGUCUUUGUACAGUCUAUGGUUGUUGUCUCAAUCCACUGGCUGGGUAAACGAUGGAACUUCCGCCCGGGCACAUAUCGUAAGUGAAUAUGCCCACUUACAAAAAUCUAUUUACAAUAUAUACAUUUUUUACAUUCUAAUACAAUUCAAAUAUUUUAUUUACAAAGGGGUUACUUCUCAAUGGCAUCGUGAAGUGUUCAUUUUUUAUGACCCCCGAUGGAGCCAUGACCGAUGUCGUGGCCGUAUAUUUCAAUUGUUCACAGUUUAAAUUUUGAUUUAAAGUGGCAUACUUUCCUGUUCUUCUUUAUAUUACUUUUUUUUUUCAAGGUCAGAACUAUUUAUAUAUACGAUAAAAAUGUGGCGUCGAUAGAACUAAAUUUCAUAUUUGUGAUGGCAGGCAAAAAUCUCAUGAUAUAUUUCAUGUUCGUUCAAAAUAACUUUGUAAUUAUAAUGCUUUAAAAAAUAAUAAUUAUUUGUAAAGAAGAGAGUGCCAUUCCAUGAUAAUUUUCGCGUUUCUCUUUACAGAUUAAAAGACCUGCACAUUCUAAACAUUUGUAUCCGUCCUCUUAUUUUAUCUUCUAAAUAAAGUAUUUAUAUAUGUUUUUAA